UGUGCAUUUCGAACAUGACGGACGUAUUGAUAAAGAGGUUGAGUAUAGCCAGUCUAUCGUUAUUGCUUGUCGUUCUUAUUGCAGUAUUAUGCAUUGUGUGGACUAUGCCGGACAGCAAUCAACCUGACAGUGACUCAGAGAUAUGUCUGCAAAAUGAUAACAAUAAUGUGGAAUGUGGGAAAACAAUCGAUUUGUUACAUGCAAUGUUUGAAAAGGAAAUUGAAUCUGCAUACGCUGGAGCUGAGAAACAGGAGAAAAUCCAAACAGAAAAAUACAUAAAAGAUGCUCUACAACACGACGUCCAUUUGAUGUCAGACUACAAAAACACUUUGUGGAGCAUGAAGCCUUCUGCAAAAUUAGUUGGCGUACGUGAACAAAUAAAACAUGUGCAAGGUAAUGAUUCAAUAGCAACGGUCACAUGUUGGCGUCACGACAAAGACCUUUAUUACACAACUGGGUUUCAGAGAUACGGAAUUAGGUACCAAAAUGGCAGAUUAAUUGUCCCUGUAAGCGGUACUUACUACAUAUACUCGUUCCUAGGUCUUACAGAACGACGUCUCACUGACGAAGGAAUUCCCGUAGAACCAAAAAAUAUGCGAGAAAUAAAACAUGCAUUACAUAAGUAUAACGUACUUGAUACCGUUGACAUGGAAAUCGCAUCAAAUUUGCAAUCUCGAAAAAACGCUUCGCGGGGUUACUUUAAUUAUUACACGAGUCAAAUAGCGACGUUGGCGAAGCUUCGAGCUGGUGAUGAAAUAUCAGUGAUGCUUAGCGACGAAACACUUUUAGAAAACACGGGCAAUAACUACUUUGGUUUGCAUCUGAUAUGACAUCUCCGGCAUUGGAGCAGCGUCCCCGUCGCGCCGGAGGGAUAAGUGUACAGGUGGCGUCCCAUAAUACCGUAGACAAUCACUAUUCAAAACAAAAAAAUAAAACCUUGAUAUUCAGCGCAAAUUAAACUAAGUUCUGCAAAUGUUUCAUUACACGAAAGAAAAUCACUAUAGUAUAAAACAAAUUAGACCAAUUGAAUAUUUAUAUAAAAUAAGGAACUUAAGUGUUGUCUUCUUUUAUAAUCUAAAGAUCAAUCCCACUGUCGACACAAGUGCAAGUUUUUUUUUAUAAAUUUGAAACACUUAUAAACUUUAUGCGGGGUUAAUGUUUAAACUUUUGGCAACUGAGCUUGUUUCUAAAGUUUUUCAAAUAAAUAUUCUAACAGAUGAGAUUUACGGUAUAGUAAAUACGAAGUAUAAUAUUUUUCAUCAAAUCAAAAAAUCCAUAAUUGUAACUGAUUUAUUCAGAUUGAUAUUAUGCACCGCCGCACAAUAAAUACACAUAUAAGUGUCAACACACUCGAUCUAAUAGUUACUUAGAUAUUGCACCGGAGGUACUUAACUACUAUUAAUCAGAGGGAAAUUCUGCUUUUACUAAUCGUAUCAAGUCCCAUUGUUUUAAAAAUCAUCCCUUUUCAGAUGAAUCACUCAGACAAUUAUGCAUCACUCAUACAGAAUGUCUCAUUCAUAAAGAAUACAUCAGUCAUACAGAAUACAUCAGUCAUACAGAAUGCAUCAGUCAUACAGAAUGCAUCAGUCAUACAGAAUACAUCAGUCAUACAGAAUGCAUCAGUCAUACAGAAUGCAUCAGUCUUACAGAAUGCAUCACUCAUACAGAAUGCAUCAGUCAUACAGAAUGCAUCACUCAUACAGAGUGCAUCAGUCAUACAGAAUGCAUCACUCAUACAGAAUGCAUCACUCAUACAGAAUGCAUCACUCAUACAGAAUGCAUCAGUCAUACAAAAUGCAUCACUCAUACAACGUGCAUCACUCAUACAGAAUGCAUCAGUCAUACAGAAUGCAUCACUCAUACAGAAUGCAUAACUCGUACAACGUGCAUCACUCAUACAGAAUGCAUCAAUCAUACAGAAUGCAUCACUCAUACAGAAUGCAUCAGUCUAACAGAAUGUAUCAGUCAUACAGAAUGCAUCAGUCUUACAGAAUGUAUCACUCAUACAGAAUGCAUCAGUCAUACAGAAUGUAUCAGUCAUACAGAAUUCAUCACUCAUACAAAAUGCAUCACUCAUACAGAAUGCAUCACUCAUACAGAUUGAAUCGCUCAUACAGAAUGCAUCACUUAUACAGAAUGCCUCACUCAUACAGAUUGCAUCACUCAUACAGAAUGUAUCAGUCAUACAGAAUGUAUCACUCAUACAGAAUGCAUCAGUCAUACAGAAUGUAUCAGUCAUACAGAAUUCAUCACUCAUACAGAAUGCAUCACUCAUACAGAAUGCAUCACUCAUACAGAUUGAAUCGCUCAUACAGAAUGCAUCAGUCAUACAGAAUGCAUCACUCAUACAGAAUGCAUCACUCAAACAUAAUAUAUCAGUCAUACAGAAUUCAUCACUCAUACAAAAUGCAUCACUCAUACAUAAUGCAUCACUCAUACAGAAUGCAUCACUCAUACAGAAUGCCUCACUCAUACAGAUUGCAUCACUCAUACAGAAUGCAUCAAUAGAACAGUUUGCAGCAUUCAGUCUGCACCACUCAGACAGUUUGCAUAACUAAUAUAUUUUGCAUCACUCAUCUUGCAUCACUCAUUCAGUUUUCAUCUCUUUUUUGCCUCACUCUUACAAUUUGCAUCACCCAUUUUUUAUCACUCAUACAUUUUUCAUGGCCGUUAAGGUUGUUGUUCAAUGUUGUUUUAUUUAGUUUGUAUCACUCAAACAGUGAGCAUCAUUCAGACAGUUUGCCUCACUCAUACUCAUAAACUUUACAUGUACUUACACAGUACUAUAACUAUACAUGCAGUUGAAAACAAUAUACUACUUAAAAAGUUGCAAAAUUGUUAACGGUAUUAUGGGACUUGCUUGUACCAACAGAUGCUCCAAUAUUUCGAAAAAUCGACUUCAAUACAUACACAUGACACUAUACUUAUGUCAAAGAUAUCGACAAUAACGUUCCCGUCUAAAAACUAUCAUUGUCUGUAAGAUUGAAUGAUAAAUAAUACUCCACGACUCACACGCUAAAUGUCAUUAUAGUUUGAGUACUACGCAUUAUCAAUCCAGCUUUAAUCGUUUGGUGUGACGGUUUUACUUUUGUUUGCUUAUUGUUUUAUCUCUAUUAGAAAAAAAGAUAAUUUGAUCUUAUCGUGACAUUUUCGGCUAAAGUGACAUAGUAACACAUACUUUUUACUCAAUUGUUACAUAUUUAUAAUGUUUGGUCAAUGUAUUUUAUAAUCGAAUGUUGUUAAUAUCAUUUCGUAUUUGUGCUAUACUCUAGUGUGUAAAUAAAAGAGCAUUCUUAUGAAC